AUGCAGCUUAGGUUCAAGAAGGUCUUGCUAUCGGCAGCACUGCUCGCUCACCUGUCGAGCUCACUGCCGCUGAUAUCUCAUCUGCCCCGGGGAGUACCUUACUCAGUUGUCCAGGUUGACGGAGGGCCUGAAACGCCUUCAACCGAUAUAUAUGCGACGGUCACUGUUGAUAAACCUGGCUCGACUCUACCUCCAGUCACCCAUACAGCAACGAUCACCCACACGGUGCAGCCUUCUGUUUCGACAACUACUACUACAACCAUUACCUCGACGACAUCCUAUACCUCACCAUCGUCGACAACGCCUCAAACAACAAUAACAACGACUACACCUCCACCAAACACACCCACAUCGACGUCAACCACAUCAACUACAACAUCAAGCUCUCCAACGUCAACACCUGCCACUACCUCAUCAAGUCAGGUUACCACGACAACCACAUCCAUGCCUACAACUACUACCCAUGCCACGUCAACCAAGCAUACCUCUGUAACGACGCAAUUUCCAACCGCGCCUACUACGACCUACCCGCCGGUAUCCUCUCAUAUGCCACUUCCGACUGGUGCAGCCAACAGCCCUAUACAGGCUGCUUCUAUGACAUUUCACAUGCCUUCGCUUAUCCCUCAUGUUGGUGCAUAA